GGUCUUACUGUUGCUGUACAAAAUGAAGCUGAAUUUUGUUUAUUCCUUCCAUCAUCACCUGGUAACAAAGCUAAUCAUGGUGGUAUCAUUGAUCCUGAUGCAAUUGCUGAUAGUGAAAAGGAUGCCAAACCUUUCUGUACUAUUGCUGGAUUGACACCAAGUGCUAAACAAUUACCUGAUGGAUUUAUCACUUCUGCUCAUUAUCAAUUUAAUACUACAGCUCAAUUUGUUCAAGUGACAGGUGAGAUUAAUCGUGCUAAAUAUUCUCUUUCUUCAAAGGACGGUGGUGGUCAGUAUGAUAAUCAUGGUGCUGGUUCUCCUCCUUUAUCUAUGUGUAUGGGUUACAAAUACUAUGUCAGUUUAAUUGAACCUGAUAUUCAAGGUUUUUGUAUUAGAUGUUGUCAAUCAUAUCAAGAUUGUAAUGCUUCCAGAAGUGCAUAUGGAUGUAAAAGAGUUGUACCU